GUGCUUGCCGGAGGCUCGGUUGACAACGCUCCUGAGGGCGCAUGCGCCCUGCGGCCUGUCCGGAACGUUAGUGUCUGUGGCCCGGACGCCCGCGGGGACGUUAUUUCUCCGACGGACGCGGUACGGAAGCCGGCCGGGCUCCCCCGGAAGCGGAGGCCGCUAGUCGAGCCGCGGCCGCCGCUGGAUGCCCUUGCCGUUCCUGCGCGCUCCUCCCUCGGCCUGGGCCUGGGCCUGCGCCGCCGCUGAGGCCCGCGGAGCAGAAGGAGGAGGCAGCGGCCGGAGGCCCCCGAGGCCUCUUCGGCAGGUGGAAUGUGGCGAGCGCGCCGAGCCGCAGAGGCCUGUGAGGUCUGCCAAAGCUUGGUGAGCGCCCGCUACGCGGUCAGAGGGACCCUGUCGCUGCCGAGGCUGCAUCUCAUUUCCCGAAGCCUUCACCACCCACGUCCUCUGAGGCCUCAGUUCCGGCUCUCUUGUCAGCCGUUCUCAUCCCUCAGUCACCUCCCUCUCCGCAGAUGGAAGCUCUCUCCAGCAAAGCCCAGCUACCAGCCCCGGAGGCACUUCUGGCCGGCCCGCCUGGCGGCCAGGCUCCUCCGACUCCGCUACCUCCUCCUGGGAUCGGCGGUGGGUGGCGGCUACACUGCCAAGAAGACCUUUGAUCAGUGGAAGGACAUGAUGCCUGACCUCAGUGACUACAAGUGGAUAGUGCCUGACUUUGUGUGGCAGCUGGACGAGUACAUCGACUUUGAGAAGCUCAGUAAAGCCCUUCCAGAUUCAGAAUCCUUGGCAAAGCUGGUUCCAGACUUGGAUAAGCUCGCAGGAAGCUUCAGCCUGCUCAAGGACUUCUUCUCCACAGGUACCUCGGGAGAAACAGCGUUUCGAGCGACCGAUGCGUCAGAGAGCGACCGGCAGUUUAAGAAGGGCCUGCUUGGUGAGCUCAUUAUCUUACAGCAGCAAAUCCAGGAACAUGAAGAGGAAGCCCGCAGAGCAGCUGGCCAGUAUAACACAGGCUAUUCCCAGCAGAAGCGCAAGGUGACGGACAAGGAGAGAGUGGAGCAGCUUCAGGAAGAACUCCUGCGAACUCAGUUGAAAUAUCAGAGAAUCUUGGAACGUUUAGAGAAAGAGAACAAAGAACUCAGAAAACUAGUGUUGCAGAAAGACGACAAAGGCAUCCAUCACCGGAACCUCAAGAAAUCUCUGAUUGACAUGUAUUCUGAAGUCCUGGAUGUUCUUUCUGACUAUGAUGCCAGUUACAACACCCAAGAUCAUCUGCCUCGGGUGGUGGUGGUGGGAGACCAGAGCGCCGGGAAGACCAGCGUCUUAGAGAUGAUUGCCCAAGCUCGGAUAUUCCCCCGUGGCUCUGGGGAGAUGAUGACUCGCUCUCCUGUCAAGGUGACGCUCAGCGAAGGCCCUCACCACGUGGCCCUGUUUAAAGACAGUUCUCGGGAAUUUGACCUGACCAAAGAGGAAGAUCUUGCAGCUUUAAGACGAGAAAUCGAGCUCCGAAUGAGGAAAAGCGUAAAGGAAGGCUGUACUGUCAGCCCUGAGACGAUCUCUCUGAAUGUCAAGGGGCCUGGACUGCAGAGGAUGGUCCUGGUGGACUUACCCGGGGUCAUUAAUACGGUGACAUCGGGCAUGGCUCCUGACACAAAAGAAACCAUCUUCAGUAUCAGCAAAGCCUACAUGCAGAAUCCCAAUGCCAUCAUCCUCUGUAUUCAAGAUGGGUCUGUGGAUGCUGAACGCAGCAUUGUUACGGACCUGGUCAGUCAGAUGGACCCUCAUGGCAGAAGGACGAUAUUUGUGCUGACCAAAGUCGACCUGGCAGAGAAGAACGUGGCCAGCCCCAGCAGGAUUCAGCAAAUAAUUGAAGGAAAACUUUUCCCAAUGAAAGCUCUGGGUUACUUUGCUGUUGUCACUGGAAAAGGAAACAGCUCUGAAAGUAUUGAGGCCAUCAGGGAUUAUGAAGAGGAGUUCUUCCAGAAUUCCAAGCUCUUAAAGACCAGUAUGUUGAAGGCCCAUCAAGUGACGACCAGGAACCUCAGCCUUGCGGUGUCCGACUGUUUUUGGAAGAUGGUCCGUGAGUCUGUGGAGCAGCAAGCUGACUCUUUCAAAGCGACACGUUUUAACCUUGAAACCGAAUGGAAGAAUAACUUUCCGCGUCUGCGAGAACUUGACCGGAAUGAACUGUUUGAGAAAGCCAAGAAUGAAAUACUGGAUGAAGUCAUCAGUCUGAGCCAGGUGACACCAAAACAUUGGGAGGAGAUCCUCCAGCAGACAUUGUGGGAGAGAGUGUCAACCCACGUGAUUGAGAACAUCUACCUUCCUGCUGCCCAGACCAUGAACUCGGGGACUUUUAAUACCACAGUGGACAUCAAGCUGAAGCAGUGGACUGACAAGCAGCUGCCCAGCAAAGCAGUCGAGGUAGCAUGGGAGACCCUGCAGGACGAGUUUUCUCGCUUUAUGACUGAGCCGAGAGGGAAGGAACACGAUGAUAUAUUUGACAAACUCAAGCAGGCGGUCAAAGAAGAGAGCAUCAAACGGCACAAGUGGAAUGACUUUGCUGAGGACAGCUUGAGAGUUAUCCAACACAAUGCCCUGGAGGACCGCUCCAUCACCGACAAGCAGCAGUGGGAUGCUGCCAUCUACUUCAUGGAGGAAGCCCUCAGGGGACGGCUUAAGGACACGGAAACUGUUCUCGAAAACAUGGUGGGUCCAGACUGGAAAAAGAGGUGGAUGAACUGGAUGGGACGGACCCAAGAACAGUCUGUUCACAACGAAACAAAAAAUGAAUUGGAAAAGAUGUUGAAAUGUAACGAGGAGCACCCGGCUUACCUCGCCAGCGAUGAAAUCACCACGGUCCGCAAGAACCUGGAGUCACGAGGAGUUGAAGUGGACCCGUGUUUGAUUAAGGACACGUGGCACCAGGUUUAUAGAAGACAUUUCUUGAAAACAGCCCUGAGCCACUGCAAUCUCUGUCGCCGAGGCUUUUAUUACUACCAGAGACAUUUUGUGGACUCUGAGUUGGAGUGCAAUGACGUCGUCCUUUUCUGGCGCAUCCAGCGCAUGCUGUCCAUCACGGCCAACACUCUGCGGCAGCAGCUCACCAACACCGAAGUCCGGCGUCUGGAGAAGAAUGUCAAAGAGGUGUUGGAAGACUUUGCCGAAGACAGCGAAAAGAAGGUGAAGCUGCUCACAGGGAAGAGGGUCCAGCUGGCAGAAGACCUCAAAAAAGUUAGAGAAAUUCAAGAAAAACUAGAUGCUUUCAUUGAAGCCCUUCACCAGGAGAAAUAAAUAACAGAAUCCCUCCCAGCAACAGUUGCCUCUGAAUACAGUGAACAAAGAAAAUGCUUCUCAGUCUUUGGUCCAGCCUUCCUCUCCGGAGAGCCCCACUGUGGAAACACGCCUUGUCCAGAACACAAGUAAUCGAUUCUUGGUGGGGUCUCUUUAGUAACAGCACCCGUGUUUGUAUUGUUGAAGAGACAGCUUGGGACACAACCUUGGCCACGGCAUCACGUUCAGUUCUUACCUUGUGUUUUUAGUCUUGCUCCCUGGGGCACAGGGUCUUCUGAUCUAGAGACUGGUUUUAGCUGAUAACCAUUUCUUUUCCAGAAAGUAUUGCUGAAUGUUUGAAAUAAAAACCUGGAGCAACGCUGUCAUUUGUAUAUAAAAUAAUCCUACCCCCAAAAGCCAUCGUUUGGAUCUGAGAUGUUCUGUUGGAGGAUCGGUGGAUUGCCUCCGUUUGGUUUAAACUUGCUGCGUGAAAGGGAACCAUCUUGGUCAGGAAUUAUUAGCUUGAACAUGUCCAGCAUCCUUGGAGUGGGUUUAUGAUCACAUUGGCAGCGCCUGCCUUAGAGCGUAGCUCAGGAGAAGCUGGUCCCUUGGACUCAGCGCCUGCUGGGCUUCUGUCUGUCCAAAGGGAAGUGAGCAAACGUUCUGAGCAAUCAGCCGGCUGCUGACUUACUUGUGCCCCUCAAGACGUGUGUGGGAAUCAUCAGCAAGAGAGGGAUUUCUUUCCUUUAGAAGGGCGUGCAAGCCCUUGAUCACUAGUACCAGCCUACAUCCCCACACAUGGGCAGUGAUCAUUUUAAAGGCAGCUAGUGACAGGAACCAGGGACCCAGCCUCCCUCCUCCAGGCUCGUGGUGUGUCCCCCUGAGGCAGGGCUGCUCCUUUUGGAUUCACAGGGGCUUUCCUCUCUGGCUGUUUACUUCUCUCAGCAUUCAGCUUCAGUUUUUUGGCUCGUACCUCAUGACAGUCUGCUUCUUCUAGUCGACUUAGGGUUCCUUUUCCCAAAAUUGAAUUUUUCAGUCCUAGAUGAGGGAUUUUUUUCUUCUGUAUUCACAGCAUUCCUGACCAUUUGAGAGAGUGUUUCUCAGUACUGGAAGCCCAACAAGGAAGGCUGAAGAGGGUCUUCACCAGAUACACGGCAGCAUGGCACACUUCAAGUUGUUAAAACUUUGGGUUCUGGUAAAGGAACCAACUCAGAUGUGCUUUCUGUUUGUGUGGGUAUUGAGGGACUUCGUAUUCUAGACAGUUUCAGCCUUCGAAGAGAUCAGGAGUAGAGUGAGCUCAGAUCUCUGGGUCAGGAGGAGAAAAUGCAUCUACUCCCACCACCCCCCCACCCCCACCCCGACCCUCUGUCUGGGAGGAAAAACUCAUCAGUCAUCAUGUGGAUUUGGGGACAGACAUCUUGGUGGCAUUUACCUGGGGCCACUCAAGAGUGGAGAAGUGUGUUUAGAAGAAAUUAGAAAUGACAUUAAGCCAGAUGCACCAAGUGUUAGCUGAGGUAGCUUCCGCAGGAGAAAGUCAGUGUUCCUUUCUGUGUUUGAAAACCCUGCUCCAUUCAGCCUCAGUAUCCAACCUGGCGCCUAAGUAAGCAUCGAUUGCUGAAAGGCCCCUGGAGCAGGCCAGACAGAUUUCCACACAAAUGAUGCUGGUACAUUUGUGCAUUAGGAUAUUUCUUUAUAACUGAUCUCAGCUAAGUGUCAUUUUUUUUCCUUUUUUCUUUGAGGGGGUAUGUGGAAACUUAGGUAUUUAUUGAAUGCAGAUGUAAUUGAAGGAAAAAAAUAAAAUUCCACUGGAACCCCUAGAGCUGGGUGUGUUCUGUCUCUGGCCUAAAAAGUAGAUAUUUCUGACACUUCAGCAAAUCCAGGUCCGAUUCUGAGGAUCCUGAAGCAUCCUUACAGCUAAAGCUCUGGUUAUCUAAAGUGUAAGAAUUUCCAAACAAUAAAGUAAUGAAUGAAGCUGAAUAAGAAGGCCUGAGAACAAAGCCCAGUCUUUGAAAGCACACUUGGGCCCAAUGUUGAUUUUAAAAAUCAGAAUUCUCCGGCCAAACUCAGGAGGGAAGGAAACCCUUCCUGUAGCACUGUUAAUAAACUGUGCCUUAGUGAGAGGAGGCAAACAGCCUCUCAGCACCUAAUGAUGUUCCCUCCUGGUGGCAUUGGCCCCUUUAAAUCAAGUCACCUUCCCCAGCCCCAGCUGAAAUAGGGCAGUACGUGAAUGACUGUGGAAUCAACAAAGGAAUUGGCUCCAGGAUGCGAGGAGUACUUCUAGUUUUUAUUUUAGGCAUUCUCCGUAUGAAGUUGAGGCUGUAGGGGCCAUCUUGUUAAGUCAGUUUUAAAUGUGUUGUAAUUUGGGGUGGGAAGCACAGUAUUUCACUUCUCCAAUAAAAGAGGUGGAGGCUGGUUCUGUCUUCACAUUCUAAGAAUCCGGGCUCUGGUGACAGAGGGUCUUUAAUUUAUAUACAUACAGUCCGUACAGUCCCGGCUAAUGUCUACCACAAAGAACAGCAUGUUCACAAGUUUGGACUCUAUAUACUUGUAUUGGCAGAAUUAAGAUCUUUGAGUGGCCUAUGUUGAUGAAAGCAUUUGUGGCCCCGAAUAAUUAUAGCAUUCGAGCCUUGUUCUAGUGCGAUGUUGGGACAAGGAUAAUGGCUAUCUUAGUGCUUUCUGUAUUACAUGAGAAAUAACCCCGUGCAUAUUGGGCUGGCUCCCAGCCUGGCCCCGUGGAACCAGACCUGGGCCAGAACAAGCCUGCAGGGUUUGAAUUUCACAUGGUUUUUGGUCCAGAGCCGGGGCUGGAGCAGAAUCAGCACUUUUAUGUGGGCUCUUGUCCAGUUUAAACUGUGUUCUGAUUGUCUUGUAUGAUAGGUGAAUAAGGGGAACCCUGAUGGAAGAAGGCUUUUCAUUGGUUCUGUGCAGUAAACAUUGGCUUCUUCAGCUCUUGGUAUGUCAUGGUGCAUGGUCAUGCCUCAGAACUGGAGUUAAAUCGAUUUUGGAAGCCAUCUCCUGAUCCCACCCUUUUUUACACUUAAGAGAGUGGAGACCCCCUGAGGGCAGGUGACGUCAAAGCGUCCAGCUCCCCCAACUGCUCUUUCAUAUGGGACUCAUGAGCAAAUUCGGCCCAUGACUGAGUUACAAAGAUUGCUCUCUUGGUUGGGUCCUAGCUUUGGCGAACAAGCAUCAGGGAAGGGGAGGGACAGAAGCCAGGAACCCCAGCUGGAUUCUCCGCUGGUGUUGGCUGUGCAACAGGGCAUGUUCUCACAAGGCUCAAGCUUUCUCCUUGAUUAAAAAUGAAGUCUGCAUCCUCUAAAGUCCUGGACAGCUCUGCCAGUUCAGAAUGUCCGUUAGGAGAUUGCCAAGUAAUAAAUCUAGAUGUCUUUGUGGAAGUUAGCAGGGCCGAAGCUCAAUUGUCACAUGCCUGGCAUGAUGAGUAUUAUUAAAAAGCCACAAGACCUGGAUUCUCCUCCCAGCUCUGGCCUGCGCUGACUGUGUGGCCCAAGCCAUUUUCUAGGUAAGAAGCUACAAAGAAGGGGCCAACUUGUAGGGGUCAAGGGGGUGCCCUCAGCAAGGACUUCCACCGGUCCAGUCCCUGUCCUCCUCCUAAUUGUCCCAUAAGCCUUGUGGUGUGCACUUAACUGAGUCCUUAUGAAUGCAUUUCAACUUCAUUGAGCUGCUUUCCUCUUGUAUGAAAAUUCAUGAAUUAGAUUAAUAGUGUGUCCUUUCAUCAAACCACAUGGCAGACCCACCAAGUGUGUGUGGUAUAUUAUGUUAAUACUGCAUCUAUGUGCACUGCGUGUGUGAAGGCCAAGGCUCUCUGGGGCAGGGCCACAGGAAAGGCCACAUCGUGCCCACCACUAAUUAGACAGGUUCUCCAAGUUUGGAGAAACGUCAACAGCAAAGCUUCAAGAAAAGUGUAAGGUUAGAAAGCCCUAGGCAAUGAGGGAAAAGGCAGAUACUUGUGAUUCUUUCAUCUGAGAACAGUCUAUGAAGGACAGAAUUCACAAAAAGGACUUCAUGAAUUUGGGUUUUAGUCACAGCCUCCUAUGUGUCAGACCACUGGGGAUAGGAUAAAUAAACCACCCCACCCUUGAGGCAUUUAUGUGCCACUGGACGAGACAUGGCACCCAAAAUAAUUUCUAGGGAGAAAGUACUAUUACAACUGUGGGGUGGAGAUGGGGAUCAGAACAGUCUUCCCAUGCAAAUCUUAAGUUGAAUCACAGACGAAUCACAGAAGAAUUCUUAAAUUUGGCCACUGUUGACUUGGAUAACUGAGGGAAGUGAUGCAACAUCCCCCUCCAUAGAGACCUCUGUAGGAUACAUUUCAUACCUUCAGGAAUAUGUCUGCGCGGCUUUGAGUUGAUGUUCAGAUGAUGGCCUGGGAACCACUGUUGGUCAGGCCCCCAGGCUGACCUCACACUGUAAUGUUGAUUGUAUCACGAUGUCUGUACAUUUUGUUUCUGGCAUGAAGAUGUUAUGAUAUUUAAUAAAAUAAGACAUUUCAUUGCUA